AUGGCUAGGCCGCGUGCUGAUACCGGGAACUUCCCCAAAGAGCCUCAUUCAAUAUCGCUCAAAGCCUCAUUAGCAUAUCCGUCCCAAGCCACCGACCAGAGCUUCAUUUUGUCCACCAGCCUGGGUUUGCCGCCUUCCUUCGGCUCCGCCCAUGUCGGCGAGACUUUCUCCUGCGCCCUGUGCGCCAACAAUGAACUCCCCUCAGGACAGACAACCAAAACAGUGUCUGGAACGAGGAUCUUGGCAGAGAUGCAAACACCAUCUCAAGCGGUGCCGCUAGAACUCCAUGCGGCUGAUGAUGCAUCGGAAAAUAGGCCGAGUCAAAGUGGCCCCGGAAGCGCCUUGCAAAGAAUCAUUCGCUUCGACCUCAAGGAGGAAGGCAACCACGUGCUCGCCGUCAAUGUCACCUACACCGAGACCAUAUCAGGUGACGGUCAAGCGACCGGUGGAAGAGUUCGAUCGUUUCGAAAGUUGUAUCAGUUCCUCGCCCAGCCUUGUUUGAGUGUACGGACCAAAACGACCGAGCUGAAAGCUGUCCAAGUGUCUGAUAAGACACAUGGCCCGUACGGCAGGGCGACAUUACUUCGCUAUGUUUUGGAGGCGCAGCUAGAGAACGUAUCAGACGCGGCUAUUAUGCUGCAAGACACCAAACUCCAGUCGAGGCCGCCGUUUAAAUCCACUUCAUUGAACUGGGAUGCUGAACAGAAUAACGAUGUUGCUGUGGAAUACCCGUCGCUGAAGCCGCGAGAUGUUAUACAAGUAGCCUUUCUGGUCGAACAGGAACAAGGUGUCGCCGAAGGGUUGGAGGAACUCAAGAAUAGCAUGAAACGUGAUGGCAGGACGGUCCUGGGCCAACUUGCAAUCCAAUGGCGAACCGCGAUGGGAGAGCGUGGCUCCCUGAGUACCGGCAACCUCCUGACUCGACGGAAAGCUGUGUAA